UUUAUUUUUUAAAUAAAUUAUUGAAAAACUAAUUAAUAGAUGCACUUAUCGAGUUUUCUCUGUCUUUACUUAAAAAACUAAUAGCCAGAUAUCAUUAAAACGAUUUGUUUUUAUCUCCGGUUUUUAUUUUUUAUCAACGUCAAAUUUGGUCUGUCAAUUUUUUUCUGUUUCUAUUUACAACAUUUGGGAUUUGGUUUGGUUGACUAUAAAAAGGAGAUUAUUCCUCGUUAAAGUAUGGACAAAUUGGCAGUAACCCCUGAAGGCAAUGUUGUGGAUCCCAAAAAGCCAGAUUCCCCAAAAAUGUUGCAGAAUUCUGACGAAAAACAAGCUAAUGAUAUAGCUACGGAUAGUACCAAGCCUAAAACUCCAAAAGCUAAGAAAAGGAAGAAACCGAAAGACAGUACUGCCCCUAGACAGCCUUUAACAGGAUAUAUUCGAUAUCUGAAUGACCGAAGGGAAGCUGUCAGGACUUCCAAUCCAUCGCUCACAUUUGCUGAUAUUACUAAGAUCUUAGCCAGCGAGUGGAGUAAUUUACCUUCUGAUAAAAAGCAGCAAUACUUGGAUGCAGCUGAACUAGAUAGAGAAAGGUAUACAAAAGAAUACGAAGCAUAUAAACAGACCGAGGCAUACAAACAAUUUACCCAACUCCAGAACGAGAAGAAACUCAAAGAUAACAAAGAAAAAGAAAAGGAAGAUGUUAAAACUAUAGUUUCAAAUGUAAAUUCAUCUCAACCCCCUGUAACUAAAGACAUCCAGGAAAUGGACUUUGGCAACUUUGAUAUUCCCAUUUUUACUGAAGAAUUCCUUGAUCACAAUAAAACAAGAGAUGCAGAAUUAAGGCAGCUCAGAAAAAUCAAUACAGAUUACGAGCAACAGAACGCCACUCUGACCAAACACAUUGAAAACAUGAAAACGGCCAUAACUAAGCUGGAAACGGAGAUUUCACAACAGGAAAAGAAUAAUGUUUCUUUGCAACAGCAUCUGGAGCAUCUUAGGGCUACUCUGGCCACGGGAUUCGGUGGUGUUAAAUUACCAGGAAUCAGAGAAACUGCUUCCUUGCAAAAUAUUGACAAGUACAUGAUGAAUUUACACUCAAUAUUGCUGGAAAACAGCAGUCACGAUACGAAUUUGUUACAAACGGUCCGUGAUAUAGUGGCAAAGUUGGAGUUUAAUGGAUGACCGACAGUGAGGGCUUCGAAAAGGAAAAGAAAAGCAAAGAAGUUUUUUUAAUCGAGCUGGCACUAAUUUGACUAUGUGGAUGAAUGUAUUAAUUUUACUUAGGCCAGUAGAGUUGUUAAUUUUUUAAUUAAUUAUUUUUAUAAUUGUGUAUAUGGAUGUUGUUAUAAUUAAUUAGAUGGAUAAUCUAGUAACAUUAAUUUAUUUUAUCAAUUUUAACUGUGUGGAUGAAUGUAUUAAUUUUACUUAGGUUUUAAGUAAUUGCAUAAUUUUAACUCUCGCUGGAAUAGUUAAUUAAGUUUUUUAUAAUUGUAUAUAUUGAUAAAUUAGAUGGUUAAUCUAAGAAUGUAUAUUAGGUAUCUUGGACUAAUAAAUUUGCCAAAAAUUUCAUUUCCUU